CUUUGGACUUUCGACUUUCAGUUUAGAGGCUCGUUAGCUAACAGGUCCAAGUGUUUUGAAACCGGGGCAUGUUACAGUUUUCUGCAUAAAGACAAACUCGUCGUUUAUAACAAUACAACAGUUACAGUUAGUUUGGAUUAGAAGUCUAUCCAGAAAAGAUGUUGGCCUCAAGCAGAUUUAGCCGUUGUAUUUGUGCUCGGACCUUACGACAGAAAGGUUUUCAUCAGAGAUGUGUCCCUGCUCAAGCUCUUACCUCCGUGCACCCAGCUCAAAAGCAUUCAGCACGUUUUUAUGCGUCGUCUUCAAAUUCUGAGGUGGUGGGAAAAGGUCAAGGAGAUGUGUCACCUCACCCUCAGGCUAGUGAAAUGGGAGAAUAUGCACCGACAGGAAAGAAGCCAAUUUUGGAUCAGCCAAUCGCUAAAUCCUUGUACUUAGGGAAACUGGAUCCAAAAUUUCUUGUGUAUCCAGAGAUCAGCAAAGAAGAGUUUGAUGAGUUGAACGAGCUUGUUGUUCCAAUUGAAAAAUUCUUUGAUAAUCUUGACUCAAAGUCUAUUGAUGUGAACGCAAAAAUUCCGGAUGAGACUCUACAACAAAUAAAAGACCUCGGUUUGUUUGGACUUCAGGUUCCAGAAGAGUUUGGUGGGCUUAACCUGAAUGCUACGGCCUAUGCACGAGUUGGUGAGGUAACGGCACGAGAUGGAGCUAUUGCCGUGACUCUGGCAGCUCAUCAGGCUAUCGGAUACAUGGGCAUUCUCCUCGUUGGCAAUGAUGAUCAGAAGCAGAAAUACCUGCCCAGGCUGGCCUCAGGGGAGCACACAGCCGCCUUUUGUCUCACAGAACCCUCCAGUGGGAGUGAUGCUGCAUCCAUUCAGACCCGGGCCACGCUGUCUGAGGAUGGCAAAACUUGGACUCUGAAUGGAGGGAAGAUCUGGAUAUCUAACGGAGGAAUCGCUGACGUGUUCACCGUGUUUGCCAAGACUGAGGUGACAACCCCCGAGGGUGAGACCAAAGACAAAGUGACUGCCUUCAUUGUGGAGCGAGCCUUUGGAGGAGUGACCAGUGGGAAGCCUGAGGACAAGAUGGGCAUUCGGGGAUCCAACACCACUGAAGUGCACUUUGACAACACUCCUGUGCCAGCAGAAAAUGUUUUGGGAGAAGUUGGCCAAGGUUUCAAGCUUGCAAUGAAUAUCUUGAACAGUGGCCGCUUCAGUAUGGGCAGUGGUGGUGCUGGAAUCCUCAAGAAACUGAUCGGCUGGACAGCAGAGCACGCCACAAGCAGGUCACAGUUUGGAAAGAAACUGACUGAGUUUGGCCUUAUUCAGGAAAAGUUUGCCAAGGUGGCCGUGACGGUAUAUGCUAUGGAAAGUAUGGCUUACCUGACUUCCUGCGUGCUGGACUCGUAUGACAACCCUGACAUGUCUGUGGAGGCGGCCAUGGUCAAGAUCUUCAGCUCAGAGGCCAGCUGGAACUGUGCCUCCGAGUGUCUGCAGGUGCUGGGUGGCCUUGGGUACAUGAGAGACUACCCCUACGAGCGCUACGUGCGGGACGCUCGCAUUAUGCUUAUCUUCGAGGGAACCAAUGAGAUCCUCCGACUCUUUGUGGCCCUGAAUGGUGUGCAGUAUGCUGGCAAGACCUUGAAGGAACUGGUCAAGAAGCUGCGUAACCCCCUGAACAACCCAGGCCUCAUGCUCAAGACGGCCUGGAGGAAGACCAAGGGUCAGUCGGUCAUCGGAGCCAAGGAGAUGCAGCUUCACACUGACGUGCACCCAGAGCUGGAGGCUGAGGCCAAAAUCCUGGACAAGAGCAUUGUGAAGUUCAGCGGAGCUGUGGAGGAAGUGCUCACCCAAUUUGGCAAUAAAGUGGUUGAUGAGCAGAUGAAGCUGAAGCGUCUGGCGGACAUCUCCAUUGACCUGUACGCCUUGACCGCUUGCAUCGGCCGCGCCUCUCGCUCACUGUGUAUCGGCCUCAGGAACGCUGACCAAGAGGUUCUUUUGACGAGGUCGUUUUGCUAUGAGGCGGAGCAGAGAAUCAACCAGAACCUGUAUGAGUUGAUGCCCUCAAAACAAGCCAACAGAGCGAUUGAUGACACAAACCGACAAAUUGCAGAGUCCAUUUUCAAACAUGGCGGAUAUGCUGCUGAGCACCCGUUGGCCAGGAACUGGUGAUGGAUGAAUUUGUCAAGUCUAGAAACGGCAUCUUACCUUUUGAAUGAGUUGCAAAGUAUGAGACUGGUUUUGAUGGAAAUACGAUGUGAAGUAGUUUAUUUUGCAAGACCUCAAGGAAUUCAUCUCGAAAAGUGACAGUUAUUCGGGGGGGUUUUCUUGCUAUUCUUGGCACGUGGCGUCAAGUCAAGCAUUGUGCCCGGUUCAUGAUUUUGCGGUGCAAAUUGGCCAGUCAUUCCAAUGAUGUUCCUUGUCGACAGCUGGUUGUGAGUUCUUGUGCUGAUACAAAUUAUGACAUUCAUAGUGGAUUGUCAGUUCAGGGAACUUCCUUCACAAAAUUUGCAAGUUGUGUUGUGUUUUGAGAGGAUGCCUGAGCCUAGCAGAAUGUGAUGGCUGAAUUUUAAUUUUGCAGUAGUUAGAAAAUAUUUUUGCAAAAAUUACCAGAAUGCCUUAUGACAUAAUAUGAGAGGAUGAACAUUUCACUUGUCAUGUUGCACUUUGAAAAAGGAAUGUAGUGAAGAAAGUUGUUGAAGAAAGAUGAAAGAAACAUUAGACAUAUUAGAUGUGCCUACCACAUGUCGGAGUAUAAUGAAUUUUGGAGAGGUUUUUGAGCAGAAGAAUUCUUUGAUACCUGUAGCCUUUUUUUAAAUAUUCAUUUUGAUAUUACACAUACAAACGUAUCAAAUAACAAUUAGUGUAUGUGUGUGUGUCGGGGGGGGGGGGGGGGGGUUGCUCUUUUUCUGAUAAAGACAUCAUCUCAGAGAUUUCCUUUUUCAUGUAUAGUAGUGGUACUUAGGCACUUAUUUUAUAUCUGGACUCAUGGGUUUUGCUUGAAAGGGUCGUGUGUUACUGACUCCAUUGAUUUGGAAGAAUGUGUAACUGUUCUGUCUUUAUUGUAUUGUAUUUAAUUUAUAUUAUAGAUAAUUGUAUAAAUAUCAUGUAGAGCCUCUGUAAACUAUAUAUACAUAUAUGUCAAUACAACAUAAAAGGCAUACACAGCUGAAGGUUCUUGCUCUUUAGGCAUUUUUGACUCGCUGCUCGAUUGUCAUUUUGAGAAAAAUAGUAUUUACUAUGCCUUGAGUUCUGUUCUACUGCUGUAUAGAUGUAUUGUGGAGUUUUCUUAAACCACACAUCGUUUUUUUUUUUUUUUUCGAAAACAAGGUGAACCAAAGGAAAAUAUAUUUCCCGAUUUUUUGUUCUUAGCUUCUUGGCUAUCUCUCUAACCAAAAAACGUGAAUUUAAAACCAAAGAAAAUCUAGCAACCUCACAGAUUUUGGUUAAGGUGGACCCCACUGGACAUGAGUAUUGUUUCUACUCCUGUGUUAUGUGGCUGGCAUGCAAAUUAUGUCCGUUUUAGACAAGUGCGCUAUGUUUCCCAUACUGCCUUUAUGUGGGGAUUGUCGUGGUUUUUCUGAAAUCUGUAACAAACCUCUUCUGAUGUCAUUAUGGCAUUAACAUCAACAAAUUAUACAUUUAAUAUUAUAUGGUAUGUUACUCAAGGGCUGAGAAGUUGUAGGUGGCCAGGGCAGUCUGGGUUUAUCCUGCCUUCUUCGGUAGUCCCUGACAAUGAAUUUCCAGUGGGUUUGGAUGCACAGUUUGCUCCAACUCCAUAAGUAUUGUGUUGGAUAAUGGAGCAUAUAGCCCUGGUUCAAAUCCCCAACAGGGUUUCCUGAAUAUGGGUUGUUUUGGCGAGUUUUUAAGUAUCUCCACCCAUCUGGCUCACUCGUUUUGGAGAUGGAAGUUAAAUUUAAGGAUCCCGCCUCUUAUUCUUAAACAACUUUAAAGUAGUGUUGAAAGGGGCGCUGAACCUAUGUAAUGACUACUGACAUGUGGUCCUGUUCUUCUUUUUGCACGGAGCUGUCCUACUAUGUUUACCAUGACAUGUUUCACUGGCAGUGACUGUGACAGUAUUGGAGAUUAAUUUAAUGAGGACAUAAUAAGAUUGCCUUAAUUGAUGAAGUAGUCAUCAGUUGUAUUAUUUGUUACUUUAUGUAACUUUUUUUUCUUUUUUCAACUUUUUAAUAUUCUUUUAGUAUAAGAUUAGUUUUCAAGAACAUGUUUAUUUUUAUUAUUUGAUGAGGUUGAUUGUAGUUACGAGGUCAAACAGUACUGUGUGAUUUGAGUGCAUGCGUAUUGUGGGUGUUUGUGUGUUUGGGUAAAGAGUGAGAUAAAUUUGAUCAACCUUCACAGUUUUAUGGGUCCGGUCAUAUCACAUGUGUGCAAGGCAGUGUGUAACAUUUUGAACAUUUAUUUGUUUUUGGGACAUUAUGAUCUCAGGCAGUGUUUGCUAAGUAACUUACUCUUAGUUUCCUGAAUUUUCCUCUCACUCUCAUGUAAUAACAUGAUUUUAUGAAAUUAUUUUUCUUCAUGAAUUUUCAAAAUAAAUUAUAUAAACAGUGAAGGUAAAAACCAAUAAUAGGGCACAGUGCUGUCAGUUAUUGGUAGCUACUCAUAAUCUCAUAAAACUACUGUAAGGGGAAUUUGACGACCGAUUACAGUAGCAAAAUAGUUUUACCAGAAAAAAAAAUAGACCAUUAAAUAUAAAAAGUGUUCAUUUUGUAAUGAAUGUCUUGUAGUCACUUAUUAGAUAGGAGGAAGGCUUACUGGAAUGAGUAGCUACCAAUAACUGAUAGCUAACAUUAACAAAAAGGUUUCCUCUCGAGAGUAGAAGAAGGAGAUGUUGUUUUUGAACCUUUGGUAAUUGCCAGCUGCUUGUAGCCUCAGCUGUGUGAGUAAUAAUAAUAAUAAUAAUAAUAUUAAUAUCAGAAAAGUAGCGGGACUAAUGAGAGCAAAAAGAGCUGUUUGUUCAAAAACCUUGAUUUUUUUUAAUAAAAAAAAGGAUGUUUAUGUGUUUUCAAAGUUUGUGCUUUGUAUGAUGAAAGGAAAACUUUUUUGAUUUUGCAUUUUGUGUGAAUCAUAGUGAAAAUGAUUACAAUGAGAUUAAGCUUGUUUUUCCUUACAAGAACCACAGUUCUAUUUUUGGAUUGUUUGACAAAAUGAAAGUCAUGUUUUAUUGUUACCUCACAGUCGACUUUAUUUAUUGGAUUUAAUUCCUUCCCUACUUUUUACUAAACCUGACCCGGUAAAAAAUGAACUUUGUUGGGACGCUGUAAAUUUAUAUGUCACUGUGAAUGACAACAGAGAUCUAGUGACUGCGUUUGUGGGAAUCAGUGAACUAAUUAUUUGUACAAUCUUAAUUUUGUGAUUCAUGAAAUGAAGAAAUAUAAUGACAUUUGGUGUGUAAUGUGUAAUGAAUCUUGUUUGAAAGGUGAAAUAAUGACAUUCUGUGUGUAAUAAAUCUUGUCUGAAAGGGA